AUGCGACCGUUGUACCAUGCCGAUCAGCUGACGGUGGACGAAGGCAAUGACCUAUUGCUUAGCUGCCAAGUUCGUGGUCGACCCACACCGCUAAUUUCCUGGUUUUUCAACGAUGUGGAGAUCAAAACACCGUGGAAAUUUGGUGUCCGGCAAGGCAUUAUUCAGACAUCAAGGUAA